GGCUUGGGGCAGCUUCGGCCCCCACCUGAUUCCCUCCAGUCCACAUCCCCCUCGGCCACUGCUCUAAGCUCGCCCAGCCCUCAGCCCGGCUGGCCCAGCCUGUCCCUGUUGCCAUCUCCCUGAGGACGGGCACACCUGGGUUCUCCCGAGGGGUGGAGGCAUGCCGGUGGCUGGGCCCGCCUGAGUCCGGCCCCAUCAACCAGGUGGCCUCCUCCCCUGCCAAUCCCAUUGUCCAGCCCCUUCCCGCCCCUUGCCCAGCCCCCUCCUCCUCAGGUGAGGCAGCCUGGCCUAGCAGGCCCCACGCUGCCUCUGCCUCCCGGGCGCCCGCUGCUACAGGGCCACCAUGCUCCUGCCCAGGCCUGGAGACUGACCUAAACCCGCACCAUCUCGCGGCUCCGCCCCGCCUGCCAGACCUCCGGGUCCCGCCUCGGCCCAGGAGGUCAGCGGGAAAUCAUUAACAAGAGGCUGUGACAUGGCGGAGAAGGAGGGUGGCCGGACUGCGCCGUGCUGCUCCGGACCCAAGGUGGCAGCUCUCACUGUGGGGACCCUGCUGCUCCUGACAGGCAUCGGGGCGGCGUCCUGGGCCAUUGUGACCGUUCUUCUCAAGAGUGAUCAGGAGCCACUGUAUCCAGUGCAGGUCAGCCCAGCGGACGCGCGGCUCAUGCUGUUUGACAAGACAGAAGGGACGUGGCGGCUUCUGUGUUCCUCGCGCUCCAACGCGCGAGUGGCCGGGCUCAGCUGUGAGGAGAUGGGCUUCCUCAGGGCACUGGCCCACUCGGAGCUGGACGUUCGGACAGCGGGCGCCAACAGCACGUCGGGCUUCUUCUGCGUGGACGAGGGGAGGCUGCCGCAUGCCCAGAGACUGCUAGAAGUCAUCUCCGUGUGUGAUUGUCCCCGGGGUCGCUUCUUGGCUGCCAUCUGCCAAGAUUGUGGGCGCAGGAAGCUGCCUGUCGAUCGCAUUGUGGGGGGCCAGGACACCAGCCUGGGCAGGUGGCCGUGGCAAGUCAGUCUUCGCUACGAUGGCGCACACCUCUGCGGGGGGUCCCUGCUCUCUGGAGACUGGGUGCUGACAGCUGCCCACUGUUUCCCUGAGCGGAACCGGGUCCUGUCUCGAUGGCGAGUGUUUGCUGGGGCUGUGGCCCAGGCCUCACCCCACGGCCUGCAGCUGGGGGUGCAGGCGGUGGUCUACCAUGGGGGUUACCUUCCCUUUCGAGACCCCAACAGUGAGGAGAACAGCAACGAUAUCGCCUUGGUCCACCUCUCCAGUCCCCUGCCCCUCACGGAGUACAUCCAGCCCGUGUGCCUCCCGGCGGCCGGCCAGGCCCCGGUGGACGGCAAGAUCUGUACGGUGACCGGCUGGGGCAACACGCAGUACUACGGACAACAGGCUGGGGUACUCCAGGAGGCCCGAGUCCCCAUAAUCAGCAACGAUGUCUGCAAUGGCCCCGACUUCUACGGGAACCAGAUCAAACCCAAGAUGUUCUGUGCUGGCUACCCUGAGGGUGGCAUUGAUGCCUGUCAGGGUGACAGCGGGGGUCCCUUCGUGUGUGAGGACAGCAUCUCUCGGACGUCACGUUGGCGGCUGUGUGGCAUCGUAAGCUGGGGCACGGGCUGUGCCCUCGCCCAGAAGCCAGGCGUCUACACCAAAGUCAGUGACUUCCGGGAGUGGAUCUUCCAGGCCAUAAAGACUCACUCCGAAGCCAGCGGCAUGGUGAUCCAGCUCUGACCUGUGGCUUCUCACUGCGCACACCUCCGGGGCCCGAAUUGACCUAUGUGGCUCAGCCUCGCAUGGUGGGAUCCGCGCUGGGCCUGGGAUGGAACAGUCUUCUUGGGCCCAGUCCACAGGUCCAAAGAUCCCCUCCCUCCAAGGUCAUCUGUUCCAUAGUGGCGGGCCCACUCAGCCCUGGGACCACCUGAGCCUCACCCUCCCAACCCUCAUGUAAAUAUUGUUCUGCCGUCUGGGGAAUCCCGUCUCGGUGCUCCUGAUGACAGAUGCUCUUUAAAUAAUAAAGAUGGUUUUGAUUAA